CCACAACACAAACAUUAGCUUCUUGUGAAGGAAGAUCUCUAGCUAAUUUCCAUCAUCCAUGGCUUCCUGCAACAAGCAGCUCUCCUCCGUGUUGCUUGCUGUCCUCCUGGCGCUCGUCGCCGGCGGGGGCGCGGUGGUGGACGCUGAACACCUGCACUUGUACAUGCACGACGUGACGGGCGGUCCGUCCCCGACGGCGGUGCGGGUGGUGAACGCCCCGCGCGGCUACUUCGGCAACAUGUUCGUCAUCGACGACGCGCUGACGGAGGGCGCCUCGUCGUCGACCACCAGCAGGGUGGUGGGGCGCGCGCAGGGGUACUACAUGUGCGCGUCGGUGGCCAACCUGGAGCUGCUGGUCACCAUGAACGUGGUUCUCACGUCGGGCCCGUACGCCGGGAGCUCCGUCACCGUGGUGGGCCGCGACGACAUCAACGCGCCCGUGCGGGAGCUCUCGGUGGUCGGCGGCACCGGCCAGUUCAGGAUGGCGCGUGGCUACGUGCUCUGGAAGACGGUCACGCCCGAGAUUAUCGACCUCGAAAUCUUCGUCAACCCAUGAGACGAGAGGCGCCAAUGCAGCCGCCCGGUUUGCUUGUGCACAGAAGAAUAAUAUACGUACUGUCGGAUUCGGAAUCGGCAUGCAUGCAUGCAUGGCUACAUGCAUGUCCGGCCGUUUACCGAUACGUAUCUCACUUCGGUCGGCGAUAUAAUAAGCUUGUAUAUCUCCAUGGGUUGUAUCCUCGUCAUGUUAUGUUAUGACAUAUAAUACAUCUCUUCAGUU